AUGAUGUUUUGUGAGCUACACAAACAGAUCUCACAGAGCUUGUGGCCUGUCUUUGUUUGCAGGAGCAUAAGGAAGUGGUGGGCUUCUCUACCAUCCAACCGUCGGCAGCUCAUGCACGAAUGGGUCUGGAGGCGUCGUUGGCAUCUGGCAGCAGGGGCGGGUGUUGCCAUGGUGAUUGCAGCUCUACUCCUACUGACUCACCUGGAUGAGUCUCCUUUGACGGGACGGAUCCGCCUCCUGGUGUUCAGCAAAGAGACCUACAUGGAGCUGGCUGCUCUGACUUCAGAGGCUUACAUGCAGGAGUUUGAAGAGUUGCUCCUUCCAGUCACUGACCCCCGUCACAAGUUGGUAGAGCGGGUGGUGCAGCAUCUGGCACAAAGGAACAAGGACAUCCCUGAAGUGUCUGAUGUCACCUGGAGCGUCCACUUGGUGCAAAGUCCAAAUGUCAACGCCUUUGUCCUUCCAAACGGGAAGGUGUUUAUGUUUACAGGGAUGCUGGACAGUGUGGUGGAUGUUCACCAGCUCACCAUUGUCCUGGGACACGAGAUGGCUCAUGCAUUACUGGGACACUCUGCAGAACAGGCCAGUCUGUCUCAUGUUGUGGACCUCCUGUCUCUUAUUCUGCUGACAGCCAUAUGGGCUGUUUGUCCUCGAGACAGCCUGGCACUGCUGGGACAGUGGGUGCAAGACAAGCUUACACAGCUGAUGUUCAAUCGUCCCUACAGUCGCAAGCUAGAGGCCGAGGCCGACAAAGUGGGAUUACAGUUGGCUGCUAAGGCAUGUGCAGAUGUGCGAGCAGGACCUGUUUUCUGGCAGCAAAUGGAAAUCAGAGACCAGCUGACAGGAGAGCCCACCCUCCCUGAGUGGCUGUCCACACACCCAUCACACAGGAACAGAUUCACUCUGCUGGACAGCCUCAUACCAGAGGCUCUGGAGUUGAGGGAAAGCUGCGUCUGCCCCGCUCUACCUGAUUCUGACCCUCGUGACGUCUUCUCCAAGAGCGUCCAGGUGUUGCUGAAAAACGCUAAGGAUCAAGAAAGACAACCAGAAAGGGCGAACAAGACCCGCCUGCCUCACAGCCCCGCCUCACACCCCCCUGCACUGCCUGCUGCUCUGCUUCCCCAAACUGCAUCUCUUCUUUCCCCAAAUGUGGAUCAACAGAGCAAAGGUCCAGUCCCAGUUGUAGCUUCAGAGAUAGGAGCAGCCCCUGUCCCUGCUUCAGACAGACCACAGGACGGGUUGAAGAUCAUCAGCUGACGGGGGAAGUUAAAUCCUCAUAAACUAGUGGUAUUUCAUUCAUUUCAAUUUCAAGGGUUUCUGGUGAGACUCCUACUGUUCAAUCUGGGUAUCAGUGCAAUAGAGGGUGGACCGGGGGGGUGAUUAUGUGAAAAGAAGAGACGGGUCAUUCUAGUUUAGAAGAAAAUCUUUGGAAAUAAAUAGACAAAAAAUUAAAAAUCAGUGGCUCUUCUGAUCUUUCUAUCUACUGCAACAUGCUGCUGAGUGAACUUUCAGAGAAUGUUAUCCAUGCCGAGUGACGACAAAGAAGCCACAUUAAUUAGAUAACCUCGAACAGGGAAAUGCUGAAUUAAUUAGUACAGCUUCCAUACAUUUCAAGAUUAAUAUGUGCAUUAUUCAUGGUCACACAGCAACAGACGAGAGUAAGCACUUUGUGUGUGCAUGUAGGAGGGUGUGUCCAUGGGAGGCAGAGGACAUCUACAUUCUCAUUAUGACUACUACUUUCUCAUGCUACGCACACAGCACUUUAUGCAUACUCCAUCCUCAGGGAUUUAAUGGUGUAAAUUUAUGCCAGGUUGUUUGCAGGUUUUAAAACACAGCCCUCUCUGCACAGGAAUGCCAACAUCCGCUGUCAAGCUUUGAGAAAUCUUUCAUGGGAUUUUGUAAAAUCUUAUUUAACAAGGCAAGUUGACUGAGAAAACACUCUUUAAUUACAGCAACAGUCUGCAGGAGCAGUCGCACAAUGAAGAAGGGGAGGGCAGUUAUGGUUCAAAUCUUGGUAGUCCACUGUGUCUGUGUUAAAACAAAAAAGCACGCUUGGUUCAACUGAGAAAUCAAUAGGGCAUGUCUGUGUUUUCAUUUGGGAUGAAUUAUUUUAUUUGUGUCUCUCAUUUUCGGUGCUGGAUUUGUAUCAGCUCGCAAGACAUCAGUCUAAAGUCUUACAGCUGCUGUGGAAGCUUUGUUUUACUGCAAACAGGGAAGGUCUAUAUUAAAGUCCCUGUCUGCAUUAGAGGAAGUGGCCAAGUGAUUGGUUUUGUGCAAAACAGUGCAAUGAAAAGCCGAGGCAAUAUCGUUUUUGCAUAUCAAUAUCUCAGCAGAAAUGUGCUCCGUUUGAAAUUGGCAAGGAAGAAAAUAAAUUUGUGAAGCAA